GCCUUCCCACGCGCUCGGCCCUCGGCCCUACUACCCAGCCCACUCCACUCCUCCAGGAUCGGACGCCAGGCGGUUUACAGCCAUCGCGCCCGAGUCGGGCUCGACUUCCCCUAGACAAGGUUUUCGGUCUCCGCCUGGCUGGGGCAGAGCAAGAACUCGAAGUGACAGUGGGCUGACGGCGGCUCCAGGGAGCGGAGUGGGGGGCGCGCCGGAUCACCAUGCCGCGUUCGUUCCUGGUCAAGAGCAAGAAGGCUCACAGUUACCACCAGCCGCGCUCCCCGGGACCCGACUAUUCCCUCCGCCUGGAGAAUGUAUUGGCGCCAGGCGGAGCAGACAGCACCUCGAGCGCAGGAGGGGCGAAGACAGAGCCCCGGGGUCGUUUGUCUCCCGAGUCGCAGAUGACUGAGGCCCCUGACAGAGCCUCCGCAUCUCCAGGCAGCUGUGAGGGCAGCGUCUGCGACCGGAGCUCAGAGUUCGAGGAUUUCUGGAGGCCUCCGUCGCCCUCUGUGUCUCCAGCCUCGGAGAAGUCGGUGUGCCCGUCGCUGGACGAAGCCCAGCCCUUCCCCCUGCCCUUCAAGCCGUACUCGUGGAGGGGCCUAGCGGGCUCCGACCUGCGGCACCUGGUGCACAGCUACCGGCCGUGCGCGGCCCUGGAGCGCGGCGCCGGCCUGGGCCUCUUCUGCGAGCGCGCCCCGGAGCCAGGCCACCCCGCGGCGCUCUACGGCCCGGAGCGGGCUGCGGGCGGCGCAGGGGCCGGGGCGCCCGGGGGAGGCGGCGCAGGAGGUGGCGCUGCCGGCGGCGCAGGCCUGGGGCUCUACGGCGACUUCGGGCCCCCGGCGACAGGGCUGUUCGAACGGCCGACGGCGGCGGCGCCGGGCGGGCUGUACUCUGAGCGUGGCCACGGGCUGCACGCGGACAAGGGCGCCGGCGUCAAGGUGGAGUCGGAGCUGCUGUGCACCCGCUUGCUGCUGGGCGGCGACUCCUACAAAUGCAUCAAGUGCAGCAAGGUGUUCUCCACGCCGCACGGGCUCGAGGUGCACGUGCGCAGGUCCCACAGCGGCACGAGACCCUUUGCGUGCGAGAUGUGCGGCAAGACCUUCGGGCACGCGGUGAGCCUGGAGCAGCACAAAGCCGUGCACUCGCAGGAACGAAGCUUUGACUGUAAGAUUUGUGGCAAGAGCUUCAAGAGGUCAUCUACGCUGUCCACACACUUGCUUAUCCAUUCAGACACCCGGCCCUACCCUUGUCAGUACUGUGGCAAGAGGUUCCACCAAAAGUCAGACAUGAAGAAACACACCUUCAUUCACACUGGUGAGAAGCCCCACAAAUGCCAGGUGUGUGGGAAGGCAUUCAGCCAGAGCUCCAACCUCAUCACCCACAGCCGCAAGCACACAGGCUUCAAACCCUUUGGCUGUGACCUUUGUGGGAAGGGCUUCCAGAGGAAGGUGGACCUCAGGCGGCACCGGGAGACACAGCAUGGGCUCAAAUGAGGGCCCUGGCUGGCUGCAAGCAGCAAGCAAGCAUACAACACUACGGAGGACAGCCUCCCGACUUGCUAUCAUCCACUUCCGACAUCUCAGGCCCUCCAUCCAGUCUGAAGAUCCCAGCAGGGUGAGCCCCUUCACCUUACCUCCUGGAACUGCAAGAGGGGAUAAGUUACUUUUACAAAGUUCAGCCCAGAGUGGAAACCAAAUAACUCACUGGGCUAUGAACACACUGAAUAGGUUCCCCCACACCCGAAGGAAGACUCAAAGUCAAGAGGGGAUCAGAUAAAAUCCUGGGCCCUGCAGUUCUCAUUCCCAGCCCUGCUCCACAGACAGGAAAGCCCUUCAGGUUUCUUCCCUCCUCCUGACCUACCCCAGAUACUUGUGUGGAAGAGGAGAAUCACCAUUUGCAAGGUAGACACAUGCUAAUGUUUUUAUCUAGAAUGAAAAAUGAGUGUCUUUUUUUUUUUU